AAUAGUCAAAUUCGAAUCGAAUAGUUAGAUAUUUGACUCGAUUCGAUUCAUUUACAUCCCUAAUUAGAAUCGAUAAUUAUACAUACUUAGGAUUAUAUUAUACAUAUAAAAAUAUAUUAGGUAUAAAAUAGGCCGUUUAAUUUAAUAGGCUUUAAAAUAAAAAAUCUCCAAUCUGCCGAUUUCGUGUAUAUAUACACCCCGCCAUUGAACUCUUAACCCAUAGGCCAUAACAACCACAAUACCAAUUUCAAUCGCGCCGAAAACCUAACCCUCAACAGACUUACAAAUAUCUAUCACAAAUGGAGAAUUGCAAAUUACCCAGGGAUGCGCUGGAGAAUUGCAAAUUACCCAGGGAUGCGCUGAUCGAGAUUUUAUCCCGAAUAUCGAGGCGAUAUGAUUCUCUAUCAAAGUGAUGGUACAAACUUGAUUUUUGAUAUUCUGAUAUGGAAUCCAUUUACUCGAGAAACUAAGAAUUUACCCUCUGUUAAGGUACCUGCCAUAAAAAAACCUGUUGAAUAUUGGAUAACAAAUGGGUUUGGAUUUGGGUUGUCUAAAAACAUGUCUUGGAAGAUUGUGAUGCUUUGGUAUUUUCAAUAUCCGCAUGUUGAAAGCAAGGAUAUCUAUGAAAUUGUAAUGGUUUGUAGCCAAAUUGGUGAUGGUUCAUGGGGUUGGAGACAAAUUGAUGAGGCUCCGCAUGUUCCUGUGGAUUCCAAUGAAAGUUUUUAUUUAAAAGGGAGGUAUUAUUGGCGGUCUAGUGGCCCGAUAAUUCGGCAGCGGCCUGGCGACCCAAGGAUUGGACGUUUGGUUUGGUUUGACUUUAGUGAUGAAAUUUUUGGGAUAAUCGAGUUCCCAUCUCAUAGCAAGGUUGCUUCGGUUACCAUCAUGAAUGACAACAUCGCUUUACUUAGUUGUCGUGGUUAUGCAAAGGUUGGGGAUUGCAUUGAGAUUUUGUUAAUGAACGGAAAUGAUGGUAAUAUUUGCUGGCAUAAGCAUGCAAGCAUAGACUGCACCAGAAGUAUUGACUAUCAUAAGUAUUGGACUCUAAAAGGAAACUGGAAUGAAACUUGGAAGCCAAUAGGGAUUUGGAAGUUGGGAGGUCAUGAUCAUUUGCUUGUAUGUCCGGGAUAUGAAGGUCAUAGGAGUGAUAACAAAAAUAAGGGGUUCAUAGCGUAUGUAAUUUCCAUUGAUCUAGUAACCCAAGAAUGGAAGUUUGUUUAUUUAACUAGAGAUGGAAGGACUAUUAAUAUUCUUUCAAACUCAGAUGGUUUUGUUCAAGUUUGCAGUGAGACGAAUUCGGCUCUUGGUCCAAUAUGCAUUUUUCCAAAUGUUCCUAUAUAUGCUCGAGCAUUUAGUGAGAGUUUAAAAUUACUUCAAUAAUGAAAAAUUAUACAAAUCUUAUACUCCGUACCUUGUUACUUGCACUAUUGCAAGAAUCUACUGUAUUGCUUUCUCUUUCUACAAAUAUUGAUAUAUAAUAAAGUUUAAUAUUAACUUUCAUUCUUGCA